AUGUCCGAACCAAGAUCGGUCGCUAUCGUGGGCGCUGGCAUUUUCGGUCUCUCUCUAGCUGUUGCUCUAAGCAAACGUGAGCACCGCGUGGUUGUCUUCGACAGAUACCGUUAUGACGAGACGCACUACGAGCCCGACUUGAAUGGAAAUACGCAGGCUGCGUCGGUAGAUCACAACAAGAUCUUCCGAGCUUCUUAUGGGAGUAAGCUUCAUUACCAACGUCUCGCGUUCGAAAGUCGCGCUGCAUGGGAGGAGAUCAACGAGAAGAGACAUCAAGAGGGUGAUGAGUUCGAUCGAUCAGAUCUUUUCAGCGGGUGCGGCAUGCUCCGAGUUCAGCCCACCGCUGAGCUCGAUCCACUUGAGCGUGAGACACUGAGCAACUUUGAACGAGACGGCCUCAGAGAUACUCAAUUCGUCAAAAGCGAUCAGACUGAUCGAGGUCGAGCGGCUGAGCGUGGAUGGGAGGGAAAGCUUCUGGAUUUCGAAAUCCCGCAAGCAUCACCUGCUCAGACUUACGAAGCCGUUUUGGACUCAACUGCCGGGUUCACAAAAUGCAGUGAAGCCUGCGCUUAUUUUUACAAGUUGGCCUUCCGACAGGGCGUUGAGUUUCACUUUGGUCCCGAGAAGGGUGCCUUUGACAGUAUUGUUGAAGAAAAUCAGUCGCUAUCACACCUGAAGAAGGCAGUCGGGAUCAGAACCAAAGACGGAAUCGUUCACAAAGCGGACGUCGUGGCUAUUGCCGCUGGAUCCUUCUCAACGCAGCUAUUACCUGAUUUAUCUUACCACCUCGAGUCGUCUGCAGGAAGCGUAGUCACCUUCAAGGUGGACAAGAACGACGCGAAUCUGUGGAACAAGUACUCCCCUGAACGUUUCCCAGUCAUUACCUGGAGGAGUGCCCCACGCAACCCGAGCGGCAAAGACACGGGCAGUGUUUAUGUCUUUCCUCGGACUGCUGACGGUCUCAUCAAGAUCGGAUUCCGAGGCAUCAAGUUCACCAACUUCCAAUACGCGCCCUCGGAGGCAGGCUUCACUCAGGAUGGCCAAUGGAGUGUGCCUCUCCCGCCUUCUGACUGUGGCAUAGUCCCGGACCCUGCAAGAGAGGCCAUCCGAAAGUUCGUCUCCAUCUUCCUUCCGGAGUUCGCCGAUAAGGACUUCAAUUCGACUAAGCUAUGCUGGUAUACCGACUCACUGGACAAUUCAUUUGUCAUUGACCAUGUUCCUACUUAUUCUGGAGGAUCUGUCUUCGUUGCAACCGGAGGCAGCGGGCACGGGGCCAAGUUUCUUCCCGUUCUUGGCCAGCACGCAGCCGACAUUUUGAUACACGGGGACCAAAGUUCCUCAUUCAUGAGGCAGCACUGGCGCUGGAGAGACAAAAUUCACAGGGGCAACGGCCUAGAGGAGGGGCCUGAAGGACAGAGAAACAUUGGAGGAUCAAAGGAGGCUUAG